AUGGAGUCGAGUCGCGACCUUCGCCGCCUGUCGUCGUCCUCUUCUUCCAGCGCACACGACGCUCCUCCUCCGCCGCUGCCUCCGGCGAUAACUACGAACGUGCAAGUCGCGUCGAGUGAAGUGGCCAUUGUGAAGCGCAAAACGUACACGUUUGACCGUGUUUUUGGGCAAUAUUCGACGCAGAAAGACGUGUUUGAUGCAGUCACAGGUACAGGCAAGACAUACACGAUGCAGGGCGAUCUGCUUCCAGGCAGUGAACCGGCUGGUAUCAUUCCCCGUAGUGUGCGCUGCAUUUUUGACGAUCUGGGGGCCAGUGGGGAAGAGUUUAGUGUCCGAGUAUCGUUUCUGCAGCUCUACAAUGAAGAACUGAAAGACUUAUUAGAUCCUGACGCAGACAAGAAGCUGCGGCUGAUGGAAGAUGCUAAGAAAGGAGGAAUUUAUUGUGUGAAUUUGCUGGAACUCACGGCAACGACAGCGAAACAUGUUUAUGAACUAGUCAAUACUGGCGUCAAGAACCGAAUUACGUCCGAGACACUGAUGAACGAAAACUCGAGUCGAUCGCAUAGCAUAUUCACGAUUCGGAUCCAUAGCAAAGAGCACAACGCGGCAGGUCGAUCGGGAGCACGCAAUGCCAGAGCGCGCGAGGCAGGGACGAUCAAUCAGAGUCUGCUCACGUUAGGUCGAGUCAUCACGGCGCUGGUUGACAACCUUCCGCAUGUUCCAUACCGCGAUAGCAAGCUCACGCGCUUGUUGCAGGAGUCUCUUGGAGGGCGGGCGAAAACGACGAUCAUCGCAACGCUUGCACCUUGCGCAGACAGCCUGGACGAGACGCUUAGCACGCUGGAGUAUGCGUUCCGUGCAAAGCAUAUCAAGAAUAAGCCUGAACUGAAUCAAAAGAUGACCAAAUCGGGGUUGUUGAAUGAUUUUGAAAGCGAGAUUGAGACACUUCGUGCAGCCUUGCGCGCUGCUAGACUGAAAGACGGCGUGUACCUCCCGCUGGAACAGUUUACUGAUAUGCAAGAGCGACUUUCCGGUCAGGCUGUACAACUGACGGAGCUGGAGGAUAUACUUAAGGCAAGAAACUCGUCUUGCAAAGAGCUAGAGGAAGUUGCCGAAAAGAAUGCGAGUGAAGUGGCAGCUCUGGUGUAUGCAAAACAGGAGAUGGGCGAGAAACUGGCGGCAACACAAGUCCAGCUAACUGAAACAAAGCAAACGCUGGCGAAAGUAUCCGACCAGCUGCAGCGAGUACAAGUUGUGCUCAAAGCCUUCCAAAAUAAUGAGCAAGUGCUACUUGCAAACGGACUCACCGCUGCUGAGCUGUACGAUGCUCGGCAAAAGCAGAUUGCCCAGCUUUUGACAAAGAUCGAGAGCACACAGCGUAACGACGAGACCAACACGGAACUGGCAACGUCGUAUCGUAGUGCCUCGCAGUUCCAGAUCAACAGCUUCUUGGAACGACUAGCGACACACAAGGAGAGCCAGGAAAAGAUGUUUACUAACGUCUUAAGCGCUUUGCGCGAGCUACAGACGACUCAAUCAUCGGACUUGCAUGGACUUGUCACAAAUUUGAGGGCUGUGGAAGGCGUCGUAGAAGCGAACAGGUUGCAGGCAACUCAAUCACUCGCUGAAGAUGAUGCUCAAAAGUCAGCACAACGUGAGGAAGUGGCGAAUUCGAUGAAGGAGCAGCAACAAACGAUGCAGGAGCAGCUCAAGAAGCUUGUUGAGAUGUCCAAGUGCCACGCGGCAGCUAUCAUAGUAAACUUGACUGCAUCUGAAUCGCGAACUCUGUCAUGCCUAGAAACUGUCCAGUCGACGCUAGACGAGUCUCGUGCAGAGCUGGGUACUUUUCUUGUGGAGCAAAGCAAGAAAUUGCAGGAGCUGCAGGCAGUAAUCGACACUUCAGUUCAGAUACAGAGCAAGGAGCUCGACGAAAGCAAGGCAGUGGUCACGGCUGCGCUAAGAGACAGUCACGCUCGGCACCAAGAGGAGUUAAGUGGCCUCAAGACACAUCUUGCUCAGUACAUUGAAAAGUGCAUCCAGAACGGGAACGAGAAGCUUGACGAGCAAACAGUGCUGAUUCAAGAAAACGCGAAGCAUCAACAAAAACAGCUUUUGUGUGUGCAGACCACCACGGAGAAAGAGAUGCAAGGAUUCUUGCAGGCGAUGGACAGUCAAAGCGUGAAGCAAAAGAGUGAGGCAACUAAGCUUCACGAACGCUUUUCUGAAAUGCGAGACCAACUUGUGGACGCGAAAGCACGCCAGACGGAGCUGAUUCAGUCGCACGAACGACUGCAGACGACAUGGUGCAACGCGACUACUGGGCUUACAUUGAAGCACACGAAGGAUAUGGACUGUUUAUCGGAAACACACUUGAAGUGUCAUACGACAACAUCGAGAAAGAGGCGAGAACAGUUGUCGCAGUUUGUACGUGAGCAUGAAGAGCUUCAAACGCUUGUGAACGGGGGAUGCAAAGCAUUGGAAGAACGAUUGCACGCUCAAAUGUCGAACGCAAAAGGUAAGAUUGGGCUUUGUUUGAAGCUUGGCAAAGAUGUUGUGGACGAAGCUACGGCGGCGUCGAAUCAGCAACUGCAAGAAAUGCAAACGUACAUGAAGAAACGAAAGAUCAAUGCAAGGACAGGGUUCACGCCAAUCAAGAAGGAUGACCGGCCGUUUCCGUCUUUCCAGUCCACCAACUCUCCAGCUAUGGCGUCGGACGCUGCGACCAACUCGCCCGUCUCCAUCGGCUCGCCAAGUCCCAGCGAGCCUGGCCGCAAGCGACAGAGAACGAGUGAUGACAGUCCAAGUGGCUUCGAUCAUGUCACGCGUUCAGCGGCGACCUGCGCCAUGCCAUUUCCACGCGACGCUUCAGUCAGCACCAAGACAAGCCAAUCUGCAGCCGGCAUCCCGACGUCGCCCAGCAACCAAGACGCUCUGGACACUAGCAAAACGUCCGUCGUCGCCUGUGUCGAUGCAAGGGGGACAAGCGUGACAUCUGGCUUCACUGACGCCAAGUCCGUCGUCACUCCUUCCAAGCUCAAGAAAGCUGGAGUGUCUGGAAUGCACAACAAGAAGUCGUCUGGUGUUGCCGUGACAAACCGAAGCAUGAAGGUGCCAAGUGCUGGCGCAACGUCUCGCAAGACUACGGCAGCGUCAUCGAUAGCCGCUCCGAAACGGUACCGCGCCAAGUCGCCUCGGGGAGAUCCGUCUUCACAUGGUCGCUAA